AUGGGGCUCAUCAGAGAUAUCUUUUUUUAUCCUAUUAAGUUUUUGUUGGCGUUCAUAUUGCAUUAUGAACACCCCAAGGCAGAGAUCCCUCAAGGACUUGAAGAGCGCAUAAAGCUUUUUCUUUUACACCACUUCCUGAAUUUCGGACUUGGUCUGGCAAAAGUUUUGGACAAAGCAGGCCUCUGCUAUGAGCAUGAUGUCCUGCGAUUUUUAGUGGAUGGUAUACCACCACAGAAGACUAACAAGCUUUUCAUUAAAAAUGUGAUGUUCAACAAUUUAACCGUGAGGAUCUACCAGCCUAAAGUGCCGUCUGCCGGCCUGCGGAGAGGAAUCGUUUAUUGCCAUGGAGGAGUUGGCCGGUUUGGAAGCAUUAAUGCCUAUGAGAGAGUAUGCCGCUAUAUCUGCAGAAACAGUGACUCAGUGGUUGCAAGCGUUGAGUAUCGCUUAGCUCCUGAGCACCCAUUUCCAGCCCAGUUUGACGACUGUCUCGCUGCUACCAUCCACUUUAUGAGGACGGCAGAAGACUAUGGGGUGGACCCCGCUCGUGUUAUUGUCUGUGGAGACAGCAGUGGAGGCACAAUUGCUGCUACUGUUUGCCAGGCCCUGGUGAACAGAACGGACCUCCCCAAGUUGCGGGGACAGAUCCUGAUCUACCCAUUUCUCCAGGCUGCGGACUUUAAUUUGCCUUCAUAUCAGCAGAACGAGGAUGCUCCAGUCUUAUUAAAGAGUAGGACUCUUGACUUUGGUUUCAAGUAUUUGAAUCUGGACCUAUCACUGAUAGAUGAUCUCCUGAGAGGUGCUCAUAUUCCUGAAAGUCUAAGACAGAAAUACAGUAAAUGGCUGAGCCCAGACAAUCUCCCUAAGGAAUUUAAGACAAGAGGCUACAAAUCACCUCAACUGGCUCCAUGUAAAGAAGAGGUGUACACCCUGGCCCAGUCAUUUAUUGGGGCAACCUUUUCCCCACUUUUAGCAGAAGAUGCCAUUAUUCGUCAACUCCCCGACUCUUUCAUUUUGACCUGCGAGUACGACGUGCUCAGGGAUGAUGGGCUGCUGUACAAGAAACGACUGGAGGACAAUGGUGUUCGAGUGACCUGGUGCCACCUCAGCGAUGGCUUCCACGGUGUGCUUUUUGCAGUCGACUAUGGGAUUUUAUCAUUUAAGGCUGGAUGUAGAGGAAUAGACAGGACAGUCAACUUUAUAAAAACUUUGUAA